AUGCAACAGCCCUCGACAGUGGAUUUCAAGCCGGUUGACUACUCAGCAUUGGCUCAGCAAACGUUUGGAACAUGCGAUUUUGAUAUGCCUUCGGACAAUGACUAUGAAUGGACUCCAUUCAACGGAGUCUCAAUAGGAGGUGGUGGUGGAAAGAAGAGAGGUGAAUGUAAAAAUUCGAGAGGCAGUGGACGAGGUGCUCUCCUCGGCCUUUCACAGUCUGUGUUGGGUCCUUCACAUCAAGCUCAGCAACAAACAACACAAGAGCAACAUUAUCAUCAACAAACACAUCAAUCACAACAACAUCAACCAGGCCAUCCAACCGCUCACCAACCAACGACGAGUCAAGCGGCAGCGAUGCUUUCACAACAAUUGAUGCAACUACAUCCAGCAGCUUUAUCUGGCUUGAGCGCUGCGCAACUCGCCGCCAUGCAUCAGCACAAAGCUCUGCAGGCACAAGCUCAGGCAAAAGAACAGGCUCAGGCUCAAGCUCAAGCCGUGGCCGCUCAACAAGCAGGACUUGCAGCUGCCGCCGCCGCACAUGCACAGCCUCAAAUGUCUCAAAUGUCUUUUGCGCAACACUUGGUCACCGCACAACAACAUCCAUACCAUGAGACAGUCGUUUCAGUGGCGCCGUCGAGCAGCCAGACCGGUGAUCACCCCUAUCUCACCUGGCCAAUUCAACAGCCAGCCAUCAAUAUGCCAUUCUUCGAUAUGCACGCGUAUAAACACGUCAACCUCGACGUAUCACCAUCCGAAAAUUCACAAGGACAAGAUUUACCGCUCAACGACGUCUCCACACUCAGAUUCUUCUUCAACUUGGGCAUUCAACAAUCUCGCGUCGUUUUGUUGAAUCAACAUUUAAAUCAACAUCUUUCAUCAACAUCGCAAGGAUCGAAUUUUGGUGCUCUCCUCGGCCUUUCACAGUCUGUGUUGGGUCCUUCACAUCAAGCUCAGCAACAAACAACACAAGAGCAACAUUAUCAUCAACAAACACAUCAAUCACAACAACAUCAACCAGGCCAUCCAACCGCUCACCAACCAACGACGAGUCAAGCGGCAGCGAUGCUUUCACAACAAUUGAUGCAACUACAUCCAGCAGCUUUAUCUGGCUUGAGCGCUGCGCAACUCGCCGCCAUGCAUCAGCACAAAGCUCUGCAGGCAGGCCGUUCUCGGAAAAGAGAUUUGCCAAAAGUUGACGAUAGAUUACACAAAAAGAACGGCACUCGUGUAAAGAAAAGGAGAGAGCGGACACCGGAGGAAGAUCCAGAGAGCUCAGCAGAGCCUGACACGGUCGACAUCGAGUCAAUGGAAGAGUUUGUAUGCAAAUGGGCAACAUGCGGGAAAGAGUUCACAACCAAACAGCCCUUCUAUGAUCAUGUUGAAACGAUUCAUGUCAAUCCAAGUAUUGAGCACAUUUGUGAGUGGGAAGAUUGUGAGAGAAAAAAGAAGCCCUUCGAAGCUAACCACAUGAAUACAGUCGCCCCGAGGGUCUUAAAAAUCACGAACUAUUUCACACCGGCAAAAAAGCCAUACAAGUGUACCGAAUGUGGACAGGCGUUCAGCAAUUCUAGUGAUCGAGCCAAACACCAAAACCGAACCCAUUCAGAUGAGAAGCCUUACCUUUGCGAUUAUCAAGGAUGUCCGAAGGCUUACACCGAUCCAUCAAGCCUUGGUACACACAUUAAAAGUACGCACGGUGAUGAUGUGUUUAAAACGUUGAGGCAGAGAAACCUAGACGAAUAUGGUGGACGAUGGCCAAAAACGAGCAAGAAGGCGAAUUGUGUCUCCACAGAAACGAGUCGCAAAUUGAUAUUAUCCAACGCGAGAUGGAUGAGGAAAAUGCAAGUCAUCGUGAAGAGGAGGGGAAAAGAACAGAAGGGACAAAAAGGCAAAAAAGCUGGAAGAGCAAAAGGGAAAAAACGGAAGGGGUCUACGACCCUCGCGCCGUUUCACCAUCCAACCAUGACGAUGAAAUAUUUGAUCCACGAGCAGUCAAAAAUCAAAGAAAGAAUCCACCUUCUCUACCAUCAUGUUUACUCGAUCGAGGCAUCAAGGCCUUUAUGGUCUCAGUUUCAACUUGAGGAGGCGGCGAUCCUCUGC